CGAUGCAGAGGGUUGUAAGUGUGGUGGCCCAUCUGGGCUUUCGCUUGCAGGCAUUGCCCCCGGCCUUGUGUCGUCCACUCAGUUGCGCACAGGACGUGCUCCGCAGGACACCGCUCUAUGACUUCCACCUGGCCCACGGCGGGAAAAUGGUGGCGUUUGCGGGUUGGAGUCUGCCAGUGCAGUACCGGGACAGUCACACUGACUCGCACCUGCACACACGCCAGCACUGCUCGCUCUUUGACGUGUCUCAUAUGCUGCAGACCAAGAUAUUUGGUAGUGACCGGGUGAAGCUGAUGGAGAGUCUAGUGGUUGGAGACAUUGCAGAGCUAAGACCAAACCAGGGUACACUGUCAUUGUUUACCAACGAGGCUGGAGGCAUCUUAGAUGACUUGAUUGUAACCAAUACUUCUGAGGGGCACCUGUAUGUGGUGUCCAACGCUGGCUGCUGGGAGAAAGAUUUGGCCCUCAUGCAGGACAAGGUCAGGGAGCUUCAGAACCAGGGCAGAGAUGUGGGCCUGGAGGUGUUGGAUAAUGCCCUACUAGCUCUGCAAGGCCCCACUGCAGCCCAGGUACUACAGGCCAGCGUGGCAGAUGACCUGAAGAAACUGCCCUUCAUGACUAGUGCUGUGAUGGAGGUGUUUGGCGUGUCUGGCUGCCGUGUGACCCGCUGUGGCUACACAGGAGAAGACGGUGUGGAGAUCUCGGUGCCGGCAGCAGGGGCAGUUCACCUGGCAACAGCUCUUCUGAAAAACCCAGAGGUGAAGCUGGCAGGGCUGGCAGCCAGGGACAGUCUGCGCCUGGAGGCAGGCCUCUGCCUGUACGGGAAUGACAUUGAUGAACACACUACACCUGUGGAGGGCAGCCUCAGCUGGACACUGGGGAAGCGCCGCCGAGCUGCUAUGGAUUUCCCUGGAGCCAAGGUCAUUGUUCCCCAACUGAAGGGCAAGGUGCAGCGGAGGCGUGUGGGGUUGAUGUGUGAGGGGGCCCCGAUGCGGGCACACAGUCCCAUCCUGAACAUGGAGGGUACCAAGAUUGGUACCGUGACUAGUGGCUGCCCCUCGCCCUCUCUGAAGAAGAAUGUGGCAAUGGGUUAUGUGCCCUGCGAGUACAGUCGUCCAGGGACAAUGCUGCUGGUAGAGGUGCGGCGGAAGCAGCAGAUGGCUGUAGUCAGCAAGAUGCCCUUUGUGCCCACAAACUACUAUACCCUCAAGUGAGGAUGGCUCAGGGUGGGGCUGUCCCCUCCAGGAGUCUUGCCUUGGAGGGCAUCCUACAAGGGGUUAGUCAAGAAGCUGAGGCAGAACUCACUGGGGGUGGGCAGCUAAGGUGGAGGCUGAUUCUAAUUGUCUGGUUGAGGGGCCAUACCACCUAUUCCCUCCACCUAACUCAUGCCACUCCAGCUUCCUUCAGGACCCUGCUUCUGAGUGACAGACCAGCUCACACAAUGGAGGGUAAUGAGAAACUUUGGUUCUGCCAUCUCUCCCACUCUGCCAGGUGCUGGCUGUGGAGCAAAGGCUCACCUUUGUGGGGAGGAUAAAACCUGCCCAACCUACCUCACAAUGGUUUUUCACAUUGCAAAGGGUGAUAACACGGGCGGUGUGGACUUAGGCCACCCCCUCCAGUUUGCUUUCCAUAAAUGCAAAUUGUCCCUACUGCAAGUCAGGAAUGAUUGCUGACUCAUAGUAGGGCUGCUAUGCCUGUGUGUAAACUUGGGAAUGGCUGAGGGAACAGAGAGUUACUCUUCCACAUUCCCAAGUUGGUCUAGUGUGCUGCCCAGUAGCAAACCAUGGCAGGCUCACCACCUAUUCUGAGCUCCAGGGCUGUUGUAGGGCAGGGUGGCCUUCCUCCCAGACUUGCCUUACCCUGGGCUGAUCUUUGCUCUUGGUAUGCAUUAAUGAACUCCACUGAAUCCUGAAAAAAAAAUUAAACUUCCUUCUUACUUGCCA